AGAAGAGCGAGACAGACCGUGUGAAUGCAGAACCACCUGAAGUCGUCCGAAAGUAGAAAAGCAGUUAAGCAACAUAAUCGAAUGAGCAGAGCUACCUACCAUGGGCCAUGAAACAUUCUCGAUGAACGGCUUGCUGCCAACUGUACUUGCGUUUUUGGUUGUUGUAGAUCGCUAGCUAGCUAGCCAGCCGUCAGUUAACGGACUCAGUGAUGGACUAAAUUCCAUUGCCAUUUCUUCAGUUUCAGUUCACUGUCAGAGACACGUUUCAUCUUUGCCUUGAAAAGUUACAGGCCGUCAAUGAAAAUUUUGUACCGUUAAGGAUAUCCGAAUAGAGGCUAGAAACAGGAAGGAAAGUCCUCUGCAGAGCCUGUCAGACCAUCUUUAAAUGGCGAGGCAGUAAAGUGGAUCCCCGGGAAGCUGAGGGUUAGGGGAGGAAAGUGCAGGAAUGAGCCGACAGCACGCCCCAUCUCCCCUUAAGGCUGACGGUGACCGCAUGCCUUUCAACUCGAUCGCAGCGUUUGAAGGGCCCCUGCCCUCAGCUGACAGACAUGCAGGCCUGAGCGGCGCUGAGGAGGAGGGAGUAGGAGCAGACGCUGGAGAACCAUGGAGCCUUGUACCGAGUCCCAGAUGGAACCUGACAAAACACUGCUGCCUUAAUGCCCGGAGAUGACACGCAACCUUUGACCCCGGGCAGGAUGAGCCAGCGUCACGGGAAGGAGGGGCUGCUCGCGCCCGGGAAGGACCUCCUCACCAGUCCCUCUCUCAGCCCCGGGGUCAGCUACAGCCACGGUUUUGACAGGGGAAAGGAAGACCUCCUGCAGCUGAAAGAGGACUCCACACUAUCUAUAUCCAAGAGCAAGUCUGAGACCAAACUUUUCAAUGGGUCAGACAAGGACCUCUCAGCGGCCGGGAGACUCGCCAAAAAGGAAUCCCUCAAGGUCCAGAAAAAGAACUACAGGGAGGAGAAGAAACGGGCCACCAAGGAGCUGCUCAGCACCAUCACCGAUCCCUCUGUCAUCGUCAUGGCCGACUGGCUCAAGAUCCGAGGCACGCUGAAGAGCUGGACCAAGCUGUGGUGCGUCCUGAAGCCGGGGGUGCUGCUCAUCUACAAAACCAACAAGAACGGCCAGUGGGUGGGCACGGUGCUGCUCAACGCCUGCGAGCUCAUCGAGAGGCCCUCCAAGAAGGACGGCUUCUGCUUCAAGCUCUACCACCCGCUGGAACAGUCCAUCUGGGCUGUCAAGGGUCCUAAAGGGGAAGCUGUGGGCUCCAUCACACAGCCCUUACCCAGCAGCCAUCUCAUCUUCCGCGCUGCCUCCGAGUCUGAUGGUCGCUGUUGGAUGGACGCCUUAGAGCUGGCUCUGAAGUGCUCCAGCCUGCUGAAGCGCACCAUGAUCCGGGAGGGGAAAGACGAGGGGGGCGUGAGCAUGGAGCAGCCCUCCCACGUCAACUUCUACAGUCUGCUGCGCGCCCACAACAUGCAGGGCACCGAAGGCUUCCAAUUCAAUGAUAGCGAUCACUUCAAGGAUCCGGACCUCUACUCGGACAAGUCGGACCGGGAGAACGAGCACGAGCACGACCACGACCAUGACCACGAGGAGUCGGACAAUGAGGGGCCGGACAAGAGCGAGGAGAGCGACAGCGACACGUCAGAGCGGCAGGACGACUCGUACGCUGACCUGGACUCCAACGAGGCGCUGCGUGAGACGUCCUACCUGGAGCAGUCUCACGAGGAGCUGGGGGAGGCGGGAGAAGCGUCUCAAACAGAGACCGUGUCUGAGGAGAACAAGUCUCUGAUCUGGACCCUGCUGAAGCAGGUCAGGCCUGGGAUGGACCUGUCUAAAGUGGUGCUGCCCACCUUCAUCCUGGAGCCGCGCUCCUUCCUGGACAAGCUCUCCGACUACUACUACCAUGCCGACUUCCUGUCUGAGGCUGCAGUGGAGGAGAAUGCCUACAACCGAAUGAAGAAAGUGGUGAAGUGGUACCUGUCUGGUUUUUACAAAAAGCCAAAGGGCCUGAAGAAGCCAUACAACCCCAUUAUCGGCGAGACAUUCCGCUGCAUGUGGAUACACACCAAGACCAACAGCAAGACCUUCUACAUCUCUGAGCAGGUCUCCCAUCAUCCUCCAGUGUCAGCCUUCUAUGUGAGCAACAGGAAGGAUGGCUUCUGCCUGAGUGGUAGCAUUCUGGCCAAAUCAAAGUUUUAUGGUAACUCCUUGUCUGCCAUACUGGAUGGGGAAGCUAGGCUAACCUUCCUCAACAGAGGGGAAGACUACGUGAUGAAUAUGCCCUAUGCUCACUGUAAAGGAAUCCUGUAUGGCACUAUGACCCUGGAGCUGGCUGGCCAGGUCACCAUUGCCUGCGAAAAGACAGGCUAUAGCGCCCAGUUGGAAUUCAAGCUGAAGCCAUUUUUAGGCAGUGAUGACAGCGUCAAUCAAAUCGCUGGAAAGAUCAAGCUGGGGAAGGAGGUGCUGGCCACCCUGGAGGGCCACUGGGACAGCGAGAUCUUCAUCAAUGACAAGAAGACGGGCGUGGUGGAAACCUUCUGGAACCCCACGCCCGAGCUGCGACAGAGCCGGCUGACCCGCUGCACGGUUCCACCCGAGGAGCAGGGCGACUUCGAGUCCGAGAAGCUGUGGCAGCAUGUGACGCGCGCCAUCAACAACAAGGACCAGACGGAGGCCACCAACGAGAAGUUCAUCCUGGAGGAGGCGCAGCGCAAGUCCACCCGCGAGCGCAAGGCUAAGUGCGAGGAGUGGAUGCCGGCGCUCUUCGAGCAGGACGCCCUCUCUGGAGAGUGGCAUUAUAAAUAUGCCGACACUCGGCCGUGGGAUCCGUUGAACGAUUUAAUUCAGUUUGAGAAAGACGGCUGCGUCCAGACCAAGGUUCGGCACCGCACCCCGAUGGUACGUUCUGGCAGUGUAAUUAGUCUCAGUAACCAGGGUUCCAGGAGGGACAAUUGCAAGUGCCAGGUAACUGUCCCCAAACGCAAGCACAAACAGAGCGAUAAGCCCAAGACCCGGGGGGUCCGCUGCUCGUCGCCAGAGCUCGACCGCCGUGACUCCUCCUGCAGCGAAAGGCACAAAACCAAGCACAUCAGCCGAUUACGGAAAAAAGGGGCGGACCUGAGCGAGCUUCAAAGUGCCAUUGAGUCCAUAAAGCAAACUCAGGAGGAGAUCAACAGGAGCAUCGCCACACUGCGCACCCGGGCGUCCGUCUCGCCGCCGCCGUCGGAGGGACACGCCCUGCAGCAGCGGGACUACAUCGUCAUUAUCCUCCUCAUCUUCCUCCAGAUCGUCAUCAACUUCCUCUUUAAGUAGCGCCGACCCGAUCUGCAGAGAGACAGAGGGAGAGAGAGGACCAGGACUUGAAAGGGGGGG